AUGGAAUCAAAUAUAAAGUAUAUCGGUGUCGGUCGAUCCGGCGAAGGACUUAUAAUAGCAACCUAUGCAAAUGACAGAAACCUCAGAGAUACCCCACGCAAAGAGCUUCAAGGAAUUCUUAUGAACGAAUCAGAUGGCGAAUGGCGCACAAGAGUCGGUUCAGAAUUCGGAACUUGGUUUGCGAAAGGCGACGCAAACAGAAUCUGCUACUUAAUUUUAGCUCGCAAUGGAUACCCAGAUCGUUACGCCACCGCUCUUCUUGACGAACUGGAACGCAUGUUUACAAAUCAAGGCUCAGAAGUCUUGCAAACAUGCCCUGCUGAUGCAUAUACCAAAGUUAUGGCAGGCGAAAUGAAAAACCUUGCUAUGAAAUAUGAGGAUCUCCGCAGCAUUGAUCGCAUUCACAGCGUAAAUUCGCAAGUUUUGGAAGUCCAAAAUCUUGCUCAAGCAGGAAUUCAACAAGUUUUAAGGAACACUGAAGCUGCCGAAGUGGUAGCAGCAAAAGCUCAAAGCUUGGAAGGGAAUGCGAGGGUUUUCCAAAACGACUCGAAAAGAUUAGAAAGAAUGAUGUAUUGGAGAAAGGUAAAAAUCAACUGUAUUUUGAUUUUUGUUGUCAUAGCAGUCAUCCUUUAUAUCACGAUCCCAAUCAUAAUAACCUCAACCAAUUAG